AUGCCUCCAAGACCAUCAUCCGGUGAACUGUGGGGCAUACAUUUGAUGCCACCAAGAAUCCUAGUAGAAUGUCUUCUACCUAAUGGCAUGAUAGUGACUUUAGAAUGCCUCCGUGAGGCCACCUUGUUAAAUAUUAAGCACGAACUUUUUAAAGAAGCUCGGAAAUACCCUCUCUAUCAGCUCCUUCAAGAUGAGUCCUCUUACAUUUUCGUAAGUGUUACACAAGAAGCAGAAAGGGAAGAAUUUUUCGAUGAAACACGGCGACUUUGUGAUCUACGACUCUUCCAGCCUUUUCUAAAAGUCAUAGAGCCAGUAGGCAACAGAGAAGAGAAAAUUCUGAAUCGGGAAAUUGGUGAGGCUUAUUCAUUUGUUACAAAUAUUUAUAUGCCACAUGACAGUCUGCAGUACAAUUUUUAAAAUAUGUAAAGGAAAGUGGCCACAAUUUGAUUCCCCUAAAGCCUAUGGGCCUUUCAUGAGAGUAUGGAAUCAUGGAAUUGUAGAGUUGGAAGGGGCCCUGAGGAUUAUCUAGUCCAACCUCCUGCAAUGCAGGAAUCUCAGCUAAAGCAUCCAUAACAGGUGGCCAUCCAGUCUCUGCUUAAAAACCUCUAAUGAAGGAGAGUCCACAACCUUCUUAGUUCCACUGUCAAAUAUAGUUAACUGUCAUGUGAUAAAGCCACUGUGAUGGAAUUAUGAGUAAAUGGUCUUUUUGGUUGUGUAACAAACUGAGUACAUCAUGUCAGAAACUGCAAAUUGUUCAUUAAAACAUGAUUGCAAAGACUGCUGAGCUCUUAACGUGAUUAUUUGGGAUCUUGCUAUUAAUUAAAGCAGGAAUGGGGAACCUUCUGUGCGCUGUUUGGCCAGAUAUUUAUUUCCUCGCACCCUGUGGGUCAACUCUGAUAGGUGAGACCACUCACCUGUCAAUCAUCUGAUAAUAGGUGACUGAUAGAUGUGUGAACCUGCCAACCUGUCAGUUUACUGGUGGGGGGAGGAGCCUGCUGGAAAUGUGCCGGCAAAGCAGCAGCUGGAAGGAUUGAACUCUUCAUCAGCUAAUGAGCAGAAACUUCUAUCUGCUGUCUGCCAGUGUCUGCUUUACCAGUAUGUUCCUUGCAAGAAUCAAACUGCCAAAGCAACACCGUGCAGGAUUUAACCCCCUGCUUAUCAUCUGAUGAGCCAGUUUCCCAUGGGCCGGGGAGGUGGAGCGGGGGGACUAGUGACAACAACCAAAGCAAAAUUGAACCCUGUCCCGCCAUCAGCUGACAUCACUCAGUGAUAGCAGCUGAUAAUUUAGUGGGUUUGGGGAAAUGACCUUGUGGGCCAAUUAGACCCUAUGCGGACCAAGUUUGGACUGAAGGCCAAAGGUUCCUCAGUCCAUUAAAGCAUGCAUAUAAUAUAGGAUAUUGUCAUUGUUGGCAGUCUGUAUGAGGCACACAGACUUUGCACAAAUUUUUAGACUGCAGUACUCCAGCGAUAAAACGGUCGAGGGACCUCUGCAUUUAUAAUCUUGAGCUAACAGUGGUAUAUGAAAUGCAAAUACGCACAGCAUGUAUUGAGUAUUCAAGCUAUUCAUGCACAUAUCUGAUGUGGAAAUGAACAUUAGUUUAUUAAAAGCAGUUGAGUCAGCAAUACCCUUUUCACUAGAAUAAGAAAAUCUUGUCACAUUUGCUGGUUUUGCAGAGUCUGGGGUGCUGCUACAGUAACCAAACAACUGGAUGCUGUCAGGUGAGGGUGGAAUCACAGUGUUGAAGGGCAAAGAGGAGAUUUCCCCUCCCUUCAACACUUCGCAGCUGCACUAGGCCAACUGUGCUAUGCUGAGUUGUCUUUUAAGCUGUUUUCUCAGUUAAUUACGUUUUACCUGAGUGCCACUCUUUGUUGACUUGUACUUGCUUUCAUUGUGAUGGUGCAUACUUGACAGUGGGUCAACUUUUUUUUAUUAUAAAUUUAAUAAUUGUUCGCGAUCAUGGGCAUUUCUUUAUAUAAAGAUGGGGUAGAAGUAAACUUUGGUGACAGCCUUUGGAACCCUUUUGCUUGACCUGGGGAAAAGUUCCAGAACAUGUCUAAUCUUACUUAAGCAGAAUAGUUGCAGUGGGUACAGAAUAUGCUUCGCUGCUGCAGCCCCUUGAGCUAUGGAGACAAUUGCUGUAGCAGCCCAGCCGUUCAAGCAAGACAGAGCUGAGCUCUUGUGGGAAGGGGUAGAGGACAGAGUGACAGGAAACUAUACUCUGAGGACUCACUGUUUCUGAAAAUGUAUCAAAGAGAAUUGCUCUCUCCUUCUUCUUUUUUAGGUUUUGCUAUUGGCAUGCCUAUCUGUGAAUUUGACUUGGUUAAGGAUCCAGAAGUUCAGGACUUCAGAAGAAACAUUCUUAAUGUUUGUAAAGAAGCAGUAGAUCUGCGAGAUGCUAACGCACCCCAUAGCAGAGCAUUGUAUGUCUGUCCCCCAAACAUAGAAUCUUCGCCCGAGCUGCCCAAGCAUAUAUACAAUAAACUUGAUAAAGGUAAAAGAAAAGAAAACACAAUUCAGUGCAUUUGCCAGAUUGGUACCAGAUUAAUGUGAAGCUGCUUGAACAGUGAAAUUCAAUCCAUUUCCCCCAUAUGCCCAUUUCAUUUCAGCGUGAGUAAUCAGCUCAGUGAAAAUAGUUACAUUUUCAGACAUGUCGUAGCGCGCUCAGUGCACUCGUUUUCUUCUACUUUAGCAGCAUUAUUCAGAUUUUUUCCCCCUGUUAUUGUUAGGGGCUGCUUAAUAAAGUUCCAACAAAACAGUCUUAUUCAAGAAACCUGAAGGGUCACACCAUUGUUCUGUCCCCUCCCAACCUUUCUCCUUUCCAUUUUAAAAGUUGCUUUAGUGGAGAGCUAAGAGGAACCCAUAGCUUGUUGCUGCAGCCCCAAAGAUUGCAUAUUCUGGAUAGAGAGUACUGAAUUGUGUUUUAGGUCUUCUUUGCUCCUGUAUUUUCAUUUUUCUGUAAAUAGUUAUGUGAGCAUGAUCCCUGAUGUAACCUGACAUAGUUUCCUUCUGUUCCAGGACAAAUAAUAGUGGUGAUAUGGGUAAUAGUCUCCCCCAACAAUGACAAGCAGAAGUACACUUUAAAAAUCAAUCACGAUUAUGUGCCAGAACAAGUCAUCGCUGAAGCAAUCAGGAAAAAAACACGAAGUAUGUUGCUGUCAUCUGAACAGCUAAAGCUCUGUGUGUUAGAGUACCAGGGGAAGUAUAUUUUAAAAGUAUGUGGUUGUGAUGAAUAUUUACUAGAAAAACAUCCCCUGAGUCAAUACAAGGUGAGUAAACAUCUGGUUCAUUUUGACAUUUAAUGCUUGUUGUCAGAGUUAGAUCUUGUGUGCAUUUCAGGGGUCGGAAGAGAGGGAUUUGCAUAUGAAAAUGUGCAAAAGAUGAAGUACUGAAGCCAGGUUUCAAUUUUUUUAUGUGCUUUUAUUGGGUGUGAUUUGGCGGAUUCACUGGGGAUGUUAAAAGUUUAUGAUAUUUUCCUUUCAGUGUGGUUCACCUACUGUUACUUGGCAAGGUGUACAUUGAAAUAGAUUGCUUUCCAUUUUUAGACCAAUCAAUCCCUUCCUGUAGCUUGGGAGGUACAAUCAGAUGCUCGCAAACAACAGCUUUUGUGGUGUCUUGAAAUGUGCAGGGAAGAGCAUGAAUUAGGGCUAUAUUCCAGGGCUGGACCAGAGGUUUUUAUGGAGUGGGUGUGGGUGUGAGAACCACUUUUGCCAGUGCUGAGACUGUCGGGCUGCAUCCCUGUGCUCUGAUGCACCUGCAGCACUGCACAAGCCCAGGAUCUUAGUGUCUUUUUCAUGGAUGUGGACAGAACUUACACAUGGUUUGUUAGAAUGUUGAGAACUAAAGUCUGCGGUCAAAAGCACAUAAUUCAAUGAUUCUCAAAGGGUGUGGCACACCACACUGAUGUGGCAGGAGAGGGUGACAAGUGUGGUGAUAAGAUUCAAGGGCAAUUAAAGAAACAUUUAAACAUUUUAGUAUACAGUCGUACCUUGGUUCUCAAACAGAAUGCGUUCCGGGAGUCUGUUUGACUCCCGAAACCGUUCAAAAACCAAGGCGUGGCUUCCGAUUGGCUGCAGGAGCGUCCUGCAGCCAAUCAGAAGCCGCACCAAAUGAGGGGAGGACUAAUGGGUAUUCAAUUCAAGGAGAAGGAUAUUUAAACCUUGUAGAGACAGAGAGUCAUGAAGAGGUUUUUAUGGGUACAUCUUACUUAAUGAGGUGGUGCAAAUCACGUGAUAUAGGAUUGCACAUAUGUAUAUUCUCAUGAAGUGAAAUCCAGUAGUGCCUGUUUGCUAUUGGAACAAACACUGUUGGCAGAGUGGAUUUUCUGUGCCCCACCCCUUGCACCCCCAAAAACUUGCUGCAGGAGGUGUUUUUUUGGGGGGAAGGCAGUGGGGAGGGGCACAAAUUGCUGCCGGAGGAGAGGAAAGUAAGGUCCUUUUUUACAAGAGGAUGUUUGCUUAUAUAACAGUGGGUGUCACCCUUAGUGCUUUCUAAAAUAAGUUCAUUAUGGAUGAAUACAUUUACACUACUAAAUAAAACCAUAAUUCAGAAAUAACAAAAAACCUGCAUUACCAAAAAUUGUAAGUUCUCUUUCCUCAGCCUCCCCUUUUUUAUCAUUCUCUUUUCUUCUGAUAGAAAAUACAAGGAAUGUGCCGUUAGUGAGGCAACAGUCUAUAUGUGGAUAUUUCUUUUUCUCCAAGUGCCAGUAUAAAAAGACAAGUUUGUCCCUUGUUUGGCAUGCUUUGUGAUUAUCUGCUACUUAGAAUGACCUGCCAGCCCUACAAAUAUUGCACGCUAGCUUCAUUAAACCGCUUAUACUGUGGUUCCUGCUUCGCCUUGAGUUGCAAACCAUUCACAAUGCCGGCAUUGUAAUCUUUGCAAUUAAGCAAUGAUGCUGCAAAGAGCAGCAUCCAGUGCAAUAAUUGUGUUUUCUCUGCCUAUUUCAGUACAUCCGGAGUUGUAUCAUGCUUGGUCGAAUGCCCAAUUUGAUGCUGAUGGCUAAGGAAAGUCUUUACACCCAGCUGCCAUUGGAUACCUUUACAAUGCCAUCUUAUUCUAGGCGUAUUUCUACAGCUACACCAUACAUGAAUGGAGAAGCUUCAGCCAAAUCCCUCUGGGCUAUUAACAGUAAUCUCAGAAUAAAGAUUCUCUGCGCUACCUAUGUAAAUGUAAAUAUUCGAGAUAUUGACAAGGUAAAAAACGACAACUUGGUUUCAAUAUGACUUGAGAGCACAUGCAUAUUUCUGAUGAAUGACUCUUAAAUCCUUAGGUUUUUUUGUUGCUACAUUACUGUCCAGGCCCACCAAACCUUAAACUUUUUGUCUGGGUGUGAAACAAAUAAAUAACUUGCCUUUUUGAGGUAUUUACAUAUAUUGGGCAAAACCUAAGGUGCAUUCUGCAUUAUUAUUAUUAUUAUUAUUAAUCACCAUCAUUAUCAGUUUAUUACUCACCCUUCAGCCUGAGGUCCCAGGGAUGGCUACAGCAAUUUAAACAUCAGUAUUAAAAACAACUAAAAUUACUGACACAAGAAUAGGGUGGAUCAGAGGUGCAUUUUCAGCAUAUGGCAGAAACUAUAUAUUAAAGGAGCCAGAUGUGCCUCUGUGGGGAGGGAAUUCCACAGCCUAGAAGCUGUCAAAGAGCGGUUGAACUACCAAGAGGGCUCCUCUGCUGAUCUUAACACCUGAGGUGGUCUGUAGGGAAUAAGUUGGUCUUUCAGCUGUUUGUGGCCUAAGUUGAUUAAAGCCCUAAACACCAAUGUGAGCACCUUUAAUUGAGCCUGGAAAUAAACUGACAAUGCAACUAUUUUAGAACGGGGGUUAGAUGAGUUACUCUUGCUUGAUAUUAAAACUCCUGCUUCAUGGUUACUUGUAGUAUAAGGUAAAGGUAAAGGUACCCCUGCCCAUACGGGCCAGUCGUGUCCGACUCUAGGGUUGUGCGCCCAUCUCACUUAAGAGGCCGGGGGCCAGCGCUGUCCGGAGACACUUCCGGGUCACGUGGCCAGCGUGACGAAGCUGCUCUGGCGAGCCAGCACCAGCGCAGCACACGGAAACGCCGUUUACCUUCCCGCUAUAAAGCGGUACCUAUUUAUCUACUUGCACUUAGGAGUGCUUUCGAACUGCUAGGUGGGCAGGAGCUGGGACCAAAAGACGGGAGCUCGCCCCGCCGCGGGGAUUUGAACCGCCGACCAUACGAUCGGCAAGUCCUAGGCACUGCGGUUUUACCCACAGUGCCACCCGCGUCCCCUUGUAGUAUAGUCAUCUUCAUAAUCGUAUUUUUUUCAGAUUUAUGUCCGAACUGGCAUCUAUCAUGGAGGAGAGCCAUUAUGUGAUAAUGUGAAUACUCAGAGAGUACCUUGUUCCAAUCCCAGGUAAAGAAUAUCACUAAAACAAUGAAAAGAAACCUGAUGUUCAAGUUUGUAGAAACUUAUUAACAAUUCAGAUAAUUGCUGUACAGUGUAUGUUGUGUCUUUCUUUCCUCCAUCUAAAAGUGAGUUUGGAAGUUUAGUUUUCUGUUUGGAUCUGAUACAGAAUCAUAGGAUUGUAGAACUGGAAGGUACCAUGAGUGUCAUGUAGUCCAACGCAGGAAUCUUUUGCCAAGAACGGGGCUCAAACCCAUGACCUUGGGAUUAAGAGUCUCAUGCUUUACCCCCCCCAAAAAAAACCUUCCUAAAUACCCUCAACAGCACUCUUCAAAUACCUGAACAGUUAUUGCAUAGAAGGAAGCAAAGACUUGUUUUCUGCUGCCUUGAAGGGUAGGACUUGAUCUAACGGCCUUAAGUUACAGGAGAGUAGAUAUUUGCUGAACAUUUGGAGAAACUUUGUGAAGGUUAGAACAAUGGAACCUGUUACCUAGAGGGAUGGUGCGCUCUCUGUCACAGGAGAUUUUCAAACAGAAGCUGGACAACCACCUGACAGGGAUACUCUCACUCUUAGUUUCCUGCAUAGAGUAGGGCAUUGGGGUAGAUAGCCGUCAAAUUAGCUUCCAAUGGUUCUACAAAAGUAGAAUGCCACACUGGAAAAUUCAACUCAAACUUGGCUUGGUUUACACAGAAUUGCUUUAGUAUUUUUUAAUUUGCCAUAUCAUUUUUAAAGCAUCUUUACAUAGCACUUUUGGUUAAGAUCUUGGGUCAAAUCCCUUUUAUCUUCCUUUCAGGUGGAAUGAGUGGCUGCAGUAUGAGAUGCACGUUCUUGAUCUUCCACGUGCGGCUCGGCUUUGCCUUUCUAUCUGCUCCGUUAAAGGGAGGAAAGGUGCAAAGGAGGUAAGGGUCUUGUCAUUGGAUAUAGUGAAUACUUGUCAAGUAGGGAGAAUAUCUCAUUUGAAAUUAUUCUUCUGACUUAUACUGUGUUGAUCUCUAAACUAAUGGUAACAGUUAUGAUUUACUUUGUCAUCGUAUAUUUGAGUUUUCAAAAAAAAAAUUCUGCCCCUGCCCUUUUAAUUCCUCUAUAUCUGAGUUUGAAAUGUGUUGCUAAUAGACGAGACUAAACAGUGAUUAUUUGCUCUUUUUAAGGAGCACUGUCCAUUGGCGUGGGGGAAUAUUAACAUGUUUGAUUACACAGACACUCUUGUUUCUGGCAAAAUGGCUCUGAAUCUGUGGCCUGUACCCCAUGGGUUGGAAGACCUGCUAAAUCCCAUUGGAGUCACUGGAUCAAAUCCCAAUAAGGUAAAUGGACAUUUCAUGCCAAUUUCUGGCUUAUUUAGUAACAGUUCGUUGUGUUAAAUCAAGGACUGUCCAAGUAAAUUCUAAUGAUAGCCUGUAUUUUAAUAAGAUAUUGUCACUGUUUCCAAAAUGUAACAAUGGUAACCCUGUAUAAACUGCAGUAUUUCGGGCUGUAGAUGGGGGCUCACAUAAUUUAUGCUUCUGUGCACAAAAAAAUAAUAAAUCUGUGCAUGUAGAAAACUGGCAUGUUGGGGAGAGGAGCCUGCUAGAACCCUUGUAUCUGAUAUAUCAGCUUUCGAUAUAGGAAAAAUUUGCUUUCACAGAGGAGCAUGCAGUUAUCUGAGCCAUUAGUUGCAGUCUUGAGUGCUGUUGCCAAGGUUGUCAAAAUAAAAUGCUGUGCAAUUUGUGAGGAUUUUGUCUAGUGAUACAGAACUAAUGUCUUUAGGUAGCCUGAAUUGUUCCAUCCACAAAGGUUACAAUGGGACUAAUGUGUCUACCAAAGUCCAAAUUGAGUUUACUACGGAUGCAGCUUUGAAGAACGCAACUUUAGCAAGCUACUGUUGGGGUCUUUUCAUUCUUUGACUAGCAGCAAUAAAACUUGGUCUUCUGAAGACAGCUGGUGUUUCUCCUGAGACUUAAGACUAAUUUGUCUGAUCCUGUGGUUUUAUUAUUUUAAAUACCUUGUAUUUGCAUAGCUUGUACUUGUGGAAUAGUGUGUUUUUAUAUAUAUAUUAAAAAAACAAUAUUUUAAAUCAUACAAGGACAAACUUCUUUUCUUCUUAGGAAACUCCUUGUUUAGAGCUGGAAUUUGAUUGGUUUAGCAGUCCUGUUAAGUUUCCCGACAUGUCUGUAAUUGAAGACCAUGCCAAUUGGACUAUAUCUCGAGAACUAGGGUUUAACUACAGUCAUGCAGGACUGGUAAGGAGAAUUUUACUUUCCAGGUUGCAUUGUGGCUAAGAACAUGCACUACAAGCUAGUUCUCACCUCACUCGUGAAGUUUUAUCAGAUUGCUUUAGGCAAGCGACUGUCUCCCCAACCCACCGACUACAGGGUUAAGUAUUGAACAGGGUUCAGUAAUACAGAGUGGUUGUUAGGGCUACUGAGAUGAAGUAUGUGAGAUGCUUUAAGUAUUCAAAAAGAGAGAGAGAGAGAGAAUUGUAGUAUGAACAAGUCUCCGUUGCUGUCUUGUUUUACAGAGUAAUAGACUAGCACGAGAUAAUGAAUUAAGAGAUUGUGACAAAGAGCAGCUGCGUUCAAUCUGCACUCGAGACCCACUGUCUGAAAUAACUGAACAAGAAAAGGAUUUCCUUUGGAGCCACAGGUAUGACAUUGGGUCAUAAGUAGGACUAUGAAAAGUAGGUGGGCAAUCAUAGGCAUGACGCUCCCUGGAUUGCAUUUUAAGUGGGAAAGGAAAGAAACUGGGGUGAGGACACGAGGCUUGUCAUCUGCCCCUAAGCUUAACCCACAAAACUUUGGCUUUUUGUGAAGUCUCCUGAAGUUUUUUGUUUUUUUUUAAUCUAUAACCAGCAUACUAAAUAGUUCCAUAUAGUAAUGACAACAAUACAGUGGUGCCCCGCAAGACGAAAAACUCGCUAGACGAAAGAGUUUUCCGUUUUUUGAGUCGUUCCGCAAGACGAAUUUCCCUAUGGGCUUGCUUCGCAAGACGAAAUGUCUUGCGAGUUUGUUUCCUUUUUCUUUAAGCCGCUAAGCCAUUCAUAGCCGCUAAGCCGUUAAUAGCCGCUAAGCCGCUAAUAGCCGUGCUUCGCAAGACGAAAAAACCGCAAGACGAAGAGACUCGCGGAACGGAUUAAUUUCGUCUUGCGAGGCACCACUGUACUUUAAAUUUUUAUUUCAAAAUCCCUUCUCUUGUUUUUGGUUUUUUUGCAGGCAUUACUGCGUAAAUACGCCAGAUAUCCUACCUAAAUUGCUUUUGUCUGUCAAAUGGAACUCUAGAGAUGAAGUAGCCCAGGUAGUAUCUCCGUUACUUAUACACACUUUUAAACUGGCUACAGUUGUUAGCAGUAGCCUUGGUCAAAGACUUUCAAUAUAAUAGCUUCCAUGUUGAUGCAAAAAAAAAUGGGUGGGGGGGAAUAUGACUUUAGUUUUGUUCUCUUACCUCUUAGUUAAUAAAACAUUUUUGUUGUAACAGGAUCCCAUAAGCUCUCUUCAGUAGUGUUAGCACAAUUUCCUCUUGAUAUAAUUAUGGCCCAUAAUUAAUAUUUGAAAUUCGUUACCCCAAGCCAUGGCAGUUGGAGCUUUCAUGGCAGUAUACCUCUGAACACCAGUUGCUGAAAGCUAAAAGGAUGAGCCCGUCAUCUUCAUAUCCUGUUUAUGCACGUCUAGAGAUGUUUGUUUGCCUUUCUGCUGUUGGAAGUAGAAUAUUGGGUUAGUUGGAAUUUCAUCUGAUCCAGCAAGACCAUUCUUGUGUUCUCAUGACUGAUACAAAUUCAUUGUUCUCUACUGUGCAGAUGUACUGCUUGAUAAAAGACUGGCCUCCCAUCAAGCCUGAACAGGCAAUGGAGCUUUUGGACUGCAAUUACCCAGAUCCGAUGGUGCGAGCGUUUGCAAUUCGAUGUCUAGAAAAAUAUCUGACAGAUGACAAACUCUCUCAGUAUUUGAUUCAGCUGGUACAGGUACUGUAAUCUAUUUUUGUCAACUACCUCUUAAUGUAUGCCAUUGUGCCUGAAAUUUAUGCUAAGACUUUAUAUAACUUUUCUGGAUGAUGAGAAUCAGAAUAUCUCCGAAAGGUUAAAGCUUACCAAAGUUACCACAGUGCUUGGCUGCAUAUUAAAGAUCCUUCUGCUGACCAUUGCUGAUAGAUAGAUAAUAUAUUGCUGUAGCACUUCAAAGGUUGAUAGCCCCCUUCCCCAAAAGAGUAAUAUUACGAGACAGAAAUGAGCAAAGGCUCGGGCAGCAUUGUAAAUAAUUCCACCAAGUUACCAGCCUAUGGUUAGCUAUAUCUAUGGAUUUCAAGAAACAAUAUUUAUAUCUUUUCAUUGCAUACCCUUACAAGCAGUGAUAUAAAAUACCGUAUUUUUUGCUCUAUAAGAGUCACUUUUUCCCUCCUAAAAAGUAAGGGGAAAUGUGUGUGCGUUUUAUGGAGCGAAUGCAGGCUGUGCAGCUAUCCCAGGAGCCAGAACAGCAAGAGGGAUCGCUGCUUUUGCUGCGCAGCGAUCCCUCUUGCUGUUCUGGCUUCUGGGAUUCAGAUUUUUUUUCUUCUUGUUUUCCCCCUCCAAAAACUAGGUGCGUCUUAUGGUCUGGUGCGUCUUGUAGAGUGAAAAAUACGGUAGUGGUUCUUGGCCAAGAAGAUAAAGGAAAGAAGAGAGAACUAAAAGGGAGAAAAAUAUUUAGCAUUUCAACUUUCAGGGAUCUUUAAAGAAUAAAUUAUUUCUCUUCUCCUCCUCCCCAUUCCAAAUGACUCUGCCUUAGGGCAUGUAGCAGCAAAUAAACGCAAAUGUAAACCUACAACAUGGUUUAUAUUGUAGGUAUAAUCAAGCUAUCUCAGAAAACUGCAGGGGACAACAGAAUUAGACACAAAUCAUAAUACAAGGGCAACUGCACUGUUUGUAAAAUAAAGCAGGCAGCUUGAGGCACAGUAGUACUUUGGGCUCAUUCACAUAUCCAGACUGAGAACUUCCUCAGAUUUCUUUAUAAAGGGCUAGAUAGUGCUGAAGGCAAGCUGUAAUUUAGAGGCUCUGGAUCAGCCCUGGUCACUAGAGAGGGAGGGCAAUUUAUAUUCACCCAAAGUGAGUAGGUAAGUUAUAAUCUGCAAGCUUGGGAUAUAGGUAAAAGGUAAAGGACCCCGGACGGUUAAGUCCAGUCAAAGGCGACUAUGGGGUUGCAAUAUAUCAUGCAGAGUGGCAAAACCUUGAAGUCUUCCACAGAAUAUAGCUAAAUGCCAAUUACACUUCAAUCCUCUUGUGCCUAGGUUCUGAAAUACGAGCAGUACUUGGAUAAUCUGCUCGUGAGAUUUUUACUGAAGAAGGCACUAACCAAUCAAAGAAUAGGACACUUCUUCUUUUGGCAUCUAAAGUAAGUUUGGAUUUCUACUUUAAAUGGAUUCCUGUUAUAAAGAGAUGAAAUUUUGAUCUUGAUCAUCCUGUGCUUUUAUUUUUUUAUGUAUAAAGCACUUGAAAGCACUAUUAUUACUAUUUUUUAAAAAAAAAUUGGCUUGAUGUUCAGAAAGAUACUGCAACUGUUUCUUGGGCUUUGGGUCUUUGCAGUGCCUCGGUGAUGAAUGCAAGAGAUUUGGUUCAGAAAGUUGAUUUCUGUUUAAAUCAGCAACAAUAUAGCAUCAGGAUAAUAAAAAUAAAAAGCUUUAGAAAACCAUAUAUUGAUUUUCAUGCUGAGAUGAAGAAUGCAAUCUUGAGUAAAUGGUGGGUGUGGGUGUGUACACACACACACACACACACACACACACACUAAGACUAGUUAUCUGACUAUCUAAAUCAGGGGUAGUCAACCUUUUUAUACCUACCGCCCACUAAUGCAUCUUUCUUGAUGGGAAAAUUUCCUUACCGCCCACCAGUGCUCGAUGGAAGGAGGAUUCAGCUUCUGCCAUUGAACCCCCUACCGCCCACUAGAAUCCUGAAAUGCCCACUAUUGGGCAGUAGGGACCAGGUUGACAACCUCUGAUCUAAAUAUAGAGUUGAUUGACUCUCUUAAAGUUUGGGGCAGGGUUCUUUCCCAUCCUUGCUUAGUGGAUACUCUUUUAACUGGUGAGUCAUCCUGAAUAGUUAGGUUUUUUUUUAGCAAAUGCUUUAUUAAAAAUUAACCAUAAGUUAUGCCUUCUUUUAGGUCUGAAAUGCACAACAAAAAUGUGAGCCAGAGAUUUGGUCUGCUUUUGGAGUCAUAUUGCCGAGCAUGUGGGAUGUACCUUAAACACCUAAGCAGGCAGGUAGAAGCUAUGGAAAAACUUAUUAACCUCACAGACAUCCUUAAACAGGAGAAAAAGGAUGAAACCCAAAAGGUAAAUUGAUAAAUUUAGCACUGGAUGCAUUAUUCAGCACUUAGAGUUGAAAUAUUUCAUUUAAAAGCUUUUUAAGAAAACAUGACUCUUCAUGCUAAAAAUUGAAAUUGGUCACAAAUACUGCCUUCGUUCGUAUUUGACUGAUGAGCUCAUCAAUAUUUGGAUGCUGUUAUCCAUCAGGUACAGAUGAAAUUCCUUGUGGAGCAAAUGAGGCGGCCAGACUUCAUGGAUGCACUGCAAGGCUUUAUAUCUCCUCUCAAUCCUGCUCAUCAGCUUGGAAAUCUUAGGUAUCAUCUUUCUCAGAUUUCAUAAAUAGGCAUGAAUGUAUCUGGAACAUUUAAAAUGGACAAUUGCAUGAAGAGCCUCCUCAGUCACCUUUUUCUAAAAUCCUGUCCUCUAGCUAAAACUAGGUCACAUCUUUUUAGAUCCAUCUUUUUAUUUGUAGCUGCAUCAUGCUUGGAGAUUGCCCUUUAGACGUGAAAAGUAAUACUGCAUUUUGGUUUAAGGCAGUAGAGGGGAACCACCAAUCCAGAUGCCAGACUUGGCCUACCAGUCCCCUCCAUUUGGCCCAAAAUACACAUUUUGUGGAAGCCAUGCCCACCCCACCCCCACCCCAGAGUAAGGGCUGAGCUUCAAAGGAACAAUCAGACCUUAAAGUCCCAACUGCCCAUCAGCUGGUGGGUGGUAGGAGUGCACCUUGCUCACAGAAUGGGGAUAAUUUCCAUUCUGGUGGAUAGAACAACUUGUCUCUCAAUCCUGUUAUGUCCUAAUGAUGUCAUGUGAUUGACAGGUGCGUGUUGCUGACCAUCCGUCCUAUUUGGUCUGCAAUGAGGCUUAUCAGGAUCAGCCUCAGGGAGCCAAAAAUGUUCCCCACACCUGAGCUAAAAGUGGGGGUAGGGGAGUAGGGAUUAUUAUUUGAUUUUGGUUUUUUGUUCUUGUUUUUAUUAUGAAUUUUCCGCUUUUUAUUGUAUUUUUAUGUUGUGAACCGCCCUGAGAUCUGCAGGUGAAAUAAUAAUAAUAAUAAUAAUAAUAAUAAUAAUAAUAAUAAUAAUAAAUAGGUCUAUAGAAAUAUAAUCAUUUAUGUCAGUUUGAAGGUGCACUCGUUUAAGCAGCUAUUUUAUCCUUUCAUAGGCUUGAGGAGUGCAGGAUUAUGUCAUCUGCUAAAAGGCCACUUUGGCUUAAUUGGGAAAACCCAGAUAUCAUGUCUGAGCUGCUGUUUCAGAAUAAUGAAAUCAUCUUUAAAAAUGGAGAUGGUAAGGAAGUAUAUUUCAUUGUAUCCUGUAUGUGUUUCUUCAUCGCCCUAACUAUCUUAAACACCUCUAUUCAAUUUAUACCAACUUACAAGUUAUAACAUCAAAGUAAAAGAUUUCUUCCUAAUCCUUGUGAAUUUUAUAUUAACAUCCACUGCAUUCAUUUUCGCCAAAAACACACACAAACCCCUUCCACUACACAGUAUUAGUGAGCAAUAAUGCAAAUGCGCCAUCACUAUGUCUACCAUAAGAAUAUAUCAUGAUGUUUAGCUGGUGAUACAUGGCCUAUCUGGCCAUGACAUUCUCAUUCAGGGAAUGGCAGUCCCUAUCUUGCUGUAUGGUGAUUUUGCUCCAGGGGAGACAGAGCAGAGUGCUGUGGCAGUUGCACAUAGGCAGUUGUUCUCUUUUAGCAUGGGAGGGCACAUGCACACAGAUUAGCAGGAGCCGCUUGCUCUGUUUGCCGAGCUGAGGGAACCAACAUGGCUGUUUGAGGUGCGCUCUGUUCCUGUCCAAAGAGCUUUCCUAUGUAGGUUGUGGCUGGCAGUGGGGAACCAGAGCACUUUGUAAGCUUUUCUGCUGUUGCCCAAUAUGAAGUUGUUGUUUUUUUAAUUAUUAUUUAUUUAUUAAAUUUGUAUACUACCCUAUACCUUUAUACCCUGCCUUUUUCCAUGAUGGGACUUAAAGCAGCUUACGGAUAAAAGCAAGAACCACUAAAAACAUAGAAAAAUUAAUCAUUAAAAUAAAAUUCAAUAUUAAUAGAACUUAAACUAUAGAUAUAUAUAAAAUCUGUUUUAAACAUACCAAUAAUUACAAUAUACGAGUAAUUGCAGUAAAAACAGCAGCACAGCAGCCCUUUAAUUCUCAAAAGCCUGUUGGAACAAGAAGAUAUUCACCUCCAUAGACUUGAAGUAGUGGACUAUAAUAACUUGCCCCCAAUCUCUUAGAAUUAGUUUGAUUUCACAUUUUUGUCACAGGUUGUGUUUUGAUUUUUUAAACACAGAGUCAUUUUUUUCAAUCAAAAAAGUCAUUGAUAACAGAACAGAGUAAGCUUAUCGUGCAAAACAAAGUUGUUGAAGCUGUUUUAUGCCUUCCAAAAGUUCCCAAAACCUGUGUUCACUUGCAUGUUUUCAGAUCUACGUCAGGAUAUGCUGACACUUCAAAUCAUAAGAAUCAUGGAAAACAUCUGGCAAAACCAAGGACUUGAUCUUAGGCAAGUAUUCAUAAAUAUUGCUAAUGUUGCAGUCUGUGUUUUGUUUAUCAUUCUGCCUGAAGAAGAACAUAUUUGGUUCAAGAGUUUGCAGAAAAUUUUAGUUUAUUGUAAUCAAUAACUACCCAUUCUACAAAUGUUUUAAAUUUUCUUCUCUAUCUAAUCAGUCAGAUUACUGCUUAAUGUUGUCAUCAGUAUGCAGUGAAUAUGUAAAUGGCUGCAAAAUCAAGUAUCAUCAUGAUUUAAUAUUCUUGCAUGUGUCCACCAUUUUCUUGGGCUAGGAUCCAAAAAGCGACUUUGUACAUACACAGUGGGAUAUUUUGCAUGAGAGAGCAGGCCCAUUCCACACCACAAACUGCUUUCUAAACUCCUUUCUAUUUUAAAAAAACUUGUCAUGUAGCCUUGAGCUGCUGUUCUAGAAGUGCAAGUCCAAUGUUGCCCUGGGGGGCUGGAAUUAAUUGUGUAGUAGUUCUAUAAAUCAUGGCCCUGCUGGUCGUCUAUCCAAAUGACUUAAAUGUUUGAUUAUCACAUAGAGAUUUCAGUGCCUGUGUGUUUUGGUUGGUGGCCAUUACGAUGUCUUUAAAAAAAAACAACUCGCAUUGCUCUUCUAGGAUGCUGCCUUAUGGUUGUUUAUCUAUUGGCGACUGUGUGGGGCUUAUUGAGGUUGUGAGAAAUUCACACACAAUCAUGCAGAUCCAGUGCAAAGGUGGCCUUAAAGGAGCACUGCAAUUCAACAGCCAUACGUUACAUCAGUGGCUCAAAGACAAGAACAAAGGGGAAAUGUGAGUUGACUUUUAAUCCCCCCCCCUUUUAUUCUUUCUUUGAUGGAAGCCUAAGAAUAUUUUGGUCCCCUUCUGUUUUAAGCCACAGUAUUUUGUAACUGAAGUAUGGACACAUCCAGAGAUUGGAUUCAGGCAAGAACUUGUUCAUUUCUUGCAGGGCAUGUUAAUGUUUUCUUGAGACAGCAAGCUCCUAUACUAUAUCACAGGCUGCUUUUAAGUCUUCCAGGUCUCUGAAACAAUUAGCUGUGUGAUGCAGGAGGACACUCACGUUGCUUGAAUAAGUGAAAUCCCUAAUGGAUGAGUGGCUCACGUGGUUUUCUGGAUUGUGGCUACAAUGUUUAGUUAUGGUUUUUAGGAGUAUGAAGUGGUUAGUUCACACCACCUUAUAACUGCAGACAUUAAUGAAGCUACAUUCCUAACUGGUCUUCUCCAGUUUUCUGAUGGCAGAAUCCGGCCACUGUAUUUUCCCAUGGUUUUUCACUUCCCCAAGUGAUAGGAAGUUCUAAGCGCAGCUGCUACGCUUGCAUUGUGAGAAGCAAGUGCUCAGGACCUCUAGUGGCCUGGGGGAGCAGACAUAAAAUAAUCUUUAAAGUAGCACCAAGAUACCAUUCCAAAAUGAUCCUGUUGGAGCUCCAUCCCUUCUUGCCCUCCAGCUACAAGACUACAUCAGCCACCAAUCAGAAAUACCGUAGGUUGAAUGUGUGUGAUAGCUGUUAUGCACCAAACAUCAAAAUGUAUCAUUCCUUAUUUAGGCAAGUAUCUUCUAGCCUUAGUGCCCAUGAAGGAAGCAUAUUUGCCUGUUAACUAACACAUCACCUAUAGAAAAGGUGGAAACUGGUGGUGCAUCUAGGAAAUCUUGGUCCCUCAUCUUAAUGGUCUUACAGUGGGCCCUCUGUGGAGUGAUGUGUAUUACUUCACUUACUUCAAGAUUAGGUAAGCCAGCCCUGCUGUGUUCAGUGGCUCUCCUACUCAUUCUACUGAGCGGGUCCCCGGAUUUCUUCCCAAAACCAUGCCUGGAAAGCAUCACUGGUGGAAAUAUUACCUGAUGGAUUUGAACGGAUUUUCUCAUAUUGUAACCUAUUGUAAAACAAACUGCACUUGAGUUCUGAUCUGUUUCUGGGCCAAAUUCAAGGUGCUGAUUUUAACAUUCAAAGUCUUAACCAGCCUGGAUCUUGAUUAUCUGAGGGAAUGCCUCCUCCUGUAUGAGCCCUAUCAACAAUUAAGGUCUACCACUGAGUUCCUGCUAAAGAUUUGAUCAUCUGUUGAGUCUAGAUUGGACUCACAAGAACAAGAGCCUCUUCUGUUAUAGCCCCAGAUCUUUGGAAUGCCAACCCUCAAGAGAUUCACAUGGCUCCAUCUUUAGUUUUCUUCGAAAGACAAGUCAAAACUUUUCAUUUGUUUCUUUUCUGCCUUUUGAUAGUUAAUUUUAUAGAAUCCCCUGUUUUAUUUGUGGCAUAGAUUUGGUUUCGGAUUUAGAUAAGGUAUAUUAUUGAUUUUUAGUUGUAAAACUAUUUUGAAAAGUGACAUAAAAUGUUUUAAAUAAAAAUACAUGUUGAAUUCUCCCCCAUCCAAAGAGGUGGCUUCCGGGAAUACUCAUCUACAUUGCGUGUCUGAAUCGUUUUCUUUUAGAAGUCCUAAACAAUGGCACCUGCAAUAUUUCAUGUGUUCUUUGUUCUUAAUAGGUAUGAUGCAGCUAUUGAUUUGUUUACACGCUCUUGUGCUGGCUAUUGUGUGGCUACUUUCAUACUGGGAAUUGGAGAUCGUCACAAUAGCAAUAUCAUGGUGAAAGAUGAUGGGCAGGUAAAAAUGUUUACAAUGAUUAUGCCUUUCUAUGUGCAGGUAUUUGGGCAAUGCAGAAGCUUCCUACCAUCAUGCUUCUUAUCUUCAGGAAACACUUUCUGCCUCUGCUUCUGAUGAACCUUUUAAGCAUCUGCCCUAACAGUUCUGUAGGUUGCAGAGGCAUUAGGCUAAGGUACAUAUUCACAAUAAACAUUGGCCUAAAACACACCCAGUACCCCUGUGCAGCUGUGAAUUUCAGUAGCAGUUUUAUGGUGGUGCCUUUGGAAAGUCUGUUCCCUAUACUGAACUGUUCAUUGCACUUCUGAGAAAUCCCAGGUUUCUUUGGAACAGUAUGAAAGCCGCUGGUGCAGUGCUGUUUUGCAUAUUGACUCUUGGAAUGAAAUAUCAGAUCAAUAUGCAGGUGGGAAUAUUCUAUUCUCUUGGCUUUCCCAGAUUACUAAUAACCUAAAAAUGCAUUUUUUUAAAAGCUGUUUCACAUUGAUUUUGGACACUUCUUGGAUCACAAAAAGAAGAAGUUUGGCUAUAAACGAGAGCGUGUGCCGUUUGUCUUAACGCAAGAUUUCUUGAUAGUGAUUAGUAAAGGAGCCCAAGAAUGUACCAAAACAAGGGAAUUUGAAAGGUACGACAUUUUAUAGUUGAAGUUUUAAUUGCAGUUUAAUUGUUAUAAACAAAUCUUACUAUAUAAUUAAUUUGAUAUUAUCUUGAAAUACUGAAGGAAAGGGUGAUGUUUCUGCCGGGGGUUGGGGCGGGAAUGAUAUUUUGAAUGAACUAUUUUAUUUUUUAUUGAAUUUAUAUACCGCUCUGUACCUGCAGGUCUCAGGCUGAUUCACAGAAUAUCAGGGCAGUUCACAGAAUACAGAACUUUGUCACUGCUACCUUAAUUUUAUGUGCACAAUCUGGCUCACAACUUUCAUUCAUACGUUAUUUUAUAAAAAUAAUAAUUGUAAGGGUUUUGAAAUACAACGGGUGUAAUAAAGCAAAGACAAUGUAAUCCUGGGGUGACUGAGAAGGUACACACUUGUUUUUACAGUGUCCUGUAGUGGUUACAGUGUUGGACUAGGACCUGGGAGACCACUGGGUGACCUUGGAUCAGUCAACAUCUCUUAGCCUAACCCAGGCUUCCUCAGCCUCGGCCCUCCAGAUGUUUUUGGCCUACAACUCCCAUGAUCCCUAGCUAGCAGGACCAGUGGUCAGGGGUGAUGGGAAUUGCAGUCUCAAAACAUCUGGAAGGCCGAGGUUAAGGAAGCCUGGCCUAACCUACCUCACAGGGUUGUUGUGAGGAUGAAAUGGGGAGGAAGAGAACCCAUGUACACCAACUUCAGCCCCCUGGAAGAAAAAAGGUAGUAUAUAAAUGUAAUAACUAAACAGGGAGCUCCCAGAAAACAUGGUCCACAUCUAAAGAGGUUUUGAAAGCAGACUUCCAGGGUGGCGCCAUCGGCAAUGGCGGACUCCCUCUGAUCUGGAGGGACUAGCUCCAUGCGAAACGGGUCUUUUCCGCUACGGCGAAGCGGGGACCCUUUCAAAAAUCACAGGCGGAUGAAGCCUGUGACCAUGGGACUCGGCGGGCACCUUUAGCGCCCCCCCAACCCGCAAAAGAACCCACUAACGGGCUCCGGAGCGAAGAGGGGGAAGUGGCGCGGUGCUGAGAGUCAUCUGCUUCUUCCGUGGAGCGAAGCCGCACAGCCGUUGCCGGAGAGCGCUGCCUUUUUCCUGGGACAAUUUGGCUUCUAAAAUAAUCACCCGUGAGUACCUAAAUUUCGGACAAUUGGACUUUAAAUAAGGACUUGCGAGCAGAAAGGAAAAUUGGACUUAAAAGUUUACCUCAAUUUGGCACUGAAACGGGAAGGUCUAAACAGGAAGUCAGCCUUCCGUUUCUUUGUAGAUAGAUUAAAGCAAAGACAUGGCAAACUAGAGCUCAGAAAAUCGCUUGUAAAAGAUUAACUUUCAUCAUUUAAAAUUGUUGAACCCCCCUUCGGAAGCAGGAGAAGAGGGGGGAUUUUUUCGGACUGUUUAAACCUGCAGAAGUGAGUGUAAAGUAAAGUAACUUUCCACCGUCCUGAUCCUGGAGCGGGGUGUCAGGACUGAUGUUUUUUGAAGCUCAUUGACCAGAGACAAACGUUUUUGACGGAUAGCUAUAAGAAGAGAAACAUUGAUUCCAUUGUUCCCCUUCGCAUUUUAAAGGAACAAAUAUUGACAAAAUAUCUGAAAAAGGAAACUUUGUUGUUAGACUUGUCUUUAAAAGAAAGAACAAAUAGAAGUUUUCCCCUAGAGGGAGACUGUGAAACUGUAACCAACUCCGGGGAGCUUGCAGCUGUUACAGAUUACAAUCGUGGGAAUAGACUUCUGACCUUGCAGGACAAUGUAUUCAGAAGCUCUGUUGCGUGCUUUCUGUAAAACAAAUGCCCUACUGGAACAGCUACAUGAGAAGACGGACUUGAUGACUGAUGCGAUCAGAAAUUUUGAACAGGCAGUGGGAAAUUAUAUGGAGCCCACCCAGGAAUUAAAUCAGGAGUGUGCCCUGACAGAACAGAUGAGGGAAGAGGAUGUUACUGAAUCUUGGGCGCCAGAGAUGAAGGGAGCUGUGGCCCAGCAGGAACAUGAGCUUUUGGACUUGACAAAUGAACUUGGAAAAAGCCAGAUUUGGAAAGAUAAAGUUUGGUUUGGUUUGGAAAUGGGGGGUUGGAUAGACCCCCCUAUGCAGGGAUGUUUGGACCUUUCAAGUCUGGCAAUGGGCCGUGAGAUGUUUGGGGUUGUGGGGGCUCUUAAUUUUGGAGGGAUUUUGAAUCAUGUUCUUAAAUACCACAUGGAGUUUAGUGUGGACUAUGGAAAAGGGGCUGAUUUGUCGAGAAGGGUCAAAAACAUUGUUAAGCUGGAGUUCCCACGAGUGAAAGGAGCAGGAGACAAAGGAAAAUACAGUUAUAAAUUUGAAGAAGAGCUGCGGAAGGGACAUGGAAGAGACUUAAGGGCCUCGGAUACAAGGUUACCAGGUUAAUGCGCUAGAUCGAUGGGAUAAUAAGGACUGACAAAACCCGGGACCAGGAGGAAGGGAUGCUGGAUGAAGAUUGGAUUGUUUUUUAUUUCUUUUUUUACUACUAGGAUUGUUUUAUAAAAUUGAUGAAUGUUAGAAAAAUGUUGGAACGAAAUUACUUCGCUUUAGCAAAAAUGUUUAAAGAAUUAUGUAAGAAUAUUAUGGUUAUGAGAAGUUGGUAAAAAUAAGAUUUAAGUUUUAAGCUUUAAGGUUCUUUAUAGUAAGAUAAGAUUAAAAUAGAUUAAGGUAAUGUAAUGACAGAAUAUUAUGAAAUAUGGAAAGGAUUUGCUGCGACAAUUAACAAACAGGAUACAAGGAAGGGGAGGAGGAGGAGGUCAAGGAAAGAGGGUAAUGACAGUUGAGGAGUUGAGAAUAAUGGAUUUGUUUUUGAGUGUUUGUGGUGUAUUUAUUUUUUUUUUAAUUUGUAUUGUUUGAUGUGGUUUGUUUUUUCUUUGUUUUUUCUUUCUCUUUUUCUGCUUUGUUCUCUUUUGUAAUUCUAAAAAUUUUCAAUAAAUAUCAUUUAAAAAAUAAAUAAAUAAAGAGGUUUUGAAAGCAGCACACACACUCCAAACACAUUUUCUCCAAAGAGGUUUUCCCUAAACACCAUGGAAUAAACCACAAGCCAUGGGUGUGGGGUUAUUGGUUUGUGUAGUGGAGGUAGCUCUUAUUUUUAUUAGGUAUUUUUAGUUUUUAUCAUGUGUUUUUAUGUUGUGAACCACCCCGAGAUCUACGGAUGCAGGGUGGUAUACAAAUUUAAUAAACAGUACUCCUAGAAUGGGAAAUUGGCAUGUUCCUCCUCAUGUAUAUCUCAGAACAUGUAGCCUGUAACCUGUAAUAACUGGGGCCAAGCAGAACAGGAAAUGCAUGACCAAUUUGCAGAAAUUAUUAGAUUCUGAAUUUAGUAGUUUAAAAGGCUUUGUGUCCUUCAUCUCCAGAUACUCUACUUUUAAAAUGCCUAUAUUUCCAAAACAUCUCUUUUGAGAAAGCUACAUACAGUGAGUGGUAUGGUUUUAUGAUGAAAAUCAUUGCACAAAUUAUUUUUUCCUCAGUGGGAAAAUAGUUUUCUUUAAUGCCACAUAAUAAAGAAAUGUUGAUAGCCUCAUGGCCUUUUCUGCUGAUGGUAUCAUGGCCUUUUCAACUGUAAAGGUCAACUAGCAGCUGUUUUUAUGUACCGUACUCCUUUUGUUUCAUGAUCCUCAAAAACUGUGGCAUAGGUCUGAUUGGUAUAUUUUUUUCUUUUUCUCUCCAAGGUUCCAAGAAAUGUGUUAUAAAGCUUAUCUAGCAAUCCGGCAGCAUGCCAAUCUUUUCAUAAACCUCUUCUCCAUGAUGCUUGGCUCUGGGAUGCCAGAACUACAGUCUUUUGAUGACAUUGCAUAUAUUCGCAAGACUCUUGCAUUGGACAAAACAGAGCAGGAAGCACUGGAGUAUUUCAUGAAACAGAUGAAUGAUGCUCAUCAUGGUGGCUGGACAACAAAAAUGGACUGGAUCUUUCAUACAAUCAAGCAGCAUGCCUUGAACUGA